AUGUUGUCAAGCAUGCUGCGCAUCCUGGCAAUGGUGGCGGUCCAUGCUGGCUCCGAGCCACAUGCUGGCUCCGAGCCAGACGAAGAAUGCGUCUUGCAGACGCGUGGGGAAGUGCACGAGCAUCUGGGUUGGACGCAAUGGAAAGACGAAGGAACGUGCAGCAUCAACACGGACCUUUUCCCCGGAUACACCUAUGCGACGUGGUCGUCAGCCAAAUGUGAGGAUUUUACCGACAAGGGCAAUUGUGAGAAGGAAUCUCGCAAUCACGUCCAGCUCCAAAGUCCACACUUAGAUAUCAAUAUGGGCGACGACAAGCAGAUGUGCAAGUGGCACGAUGAAGAGAAGAAAAAGAAGACGGGGAAGAAGUUGAAGAAGGGGAAGAAGUCGGCGUUGGAACAGGGAUCUGCUGACAAGGGUUCUUACGUGAUGGGCGAGGAUGCCGCCGCGAUGGUGGAGGAGGUCUUGGACAAGCACUUCUCUGAUGUGAAGAUGACAGGUGGCCGCGUACCAGAUGCUGUCAGGUAUUAUGAGAACACUUGGGCUGAGUGCAUGGAUGUGGAUUGGACCGCGGAGGCACAGACUUUUGGUUCAACAGGCCGCGUUGCUGAAAUGUCGAAUGAGCUUGGGGUUGAGCAGUACUGCGAGCAACACCUACAGGACAACACCUGUAUGGCCAUCAAGGCAGCCAUUGGUGCCUCCCUUGAGCUCAAGAAACGUGGUGUCAAACCGCGGUUUGCAAACUUUGCUCUCACGCGCUGGGGCAAAUAUCCAUCAUGGACCAAAGGAUCUGUAACGGUGACGGAGCCAGAUGCUCCAAACAAACCUGCAGUAGCACAGGUGCAUGAUGCAGCUGGCGUGGUGGGCUAUGGGGUUUGCAACAUUUUGCGGACCAUUUUGACUCAUAGUGUCAACCAAUAUGGAACGGGGACUUGUGGCAGCGUAGCUCCCCUUGCCGCCUUGAGCUGGUCGGCCCCCGCCCAAGCAAUCAAGAUGAGUUUGCGACUCUUCUGGGUUGGCACAAUGCACAAGUCAUUCAAGGUUUGUGACAACAUCUACGAUCUUCAGCCUGGUUUGGUGCCCUUGUCCAAUGAUAAGGUCGACGUUGCUGUGGGCAGGAAGAUGAAGCAUAUGCAACCCACAAAGAUUGAGCAUCUUUGCCAAGAGAAAUGCGACCAGCUCGAGGCAGUGAAAGAAGGCAAGUCUUUUCCCAUGAUGUCUGCAGGGCUUACGGCCAUGUGGACCUAUGCAUCCUUGAGCCACUUGAAAGAGGCGCCGAAAGGCUGCCCUGCCCCAACAGACUCUGUCUUGCAAGUAAUGUACCCCGACAUGAUUCAGGAAGAACCAACCAAGAUGGAAGCCUUCUUCGACAAGGAGCCCACAUCAAUGCAGUGGUAUUUGGGUCCUGACGGCAGGAAAAUGUUGUAUCAUGAUGAUCCUGCGCAUGAUGACAAUCUGAACCUUUGCAAGCAAUUCAUCAGCCCGAACUGCGUGCGGGUCAAGGACGUUCCAGUGGUUGAUUACCAAGAAAACGAAGAUCAAUUGAACAAGGCCUGUGCCGCUUUGAAAGCUGGAGGUGCUUCCAUUCUAAGUGUCGCGGGAAGUACUGGGUUGAGCUAUGGCUCAAAGGAGAAGAGCAAACCCGGACUGCUCAUCGAUGGCCAGUUAAUCACCGACCAAGGCAAAGGAACUCAUUCUUCACAUCAGGUGUACUUGCAGGACUGCGACGUGGCCAACAAUGUCUACACCAUUUGGUCCUGGGCAGGUGUCCUAUACCUGACCAAGCAGAAUUUGAUUGGAACGCCCGAGGCGAACUCGGAGAGGGUUCUAAUUGAUUGCAGAUCGAGCUUCUAG